UGCCUUUCACUGUGGAAUCCACCAGCUGCUCUUUUGCUUAAAAAGAAGAUCAAACUCAUUCUUACCCAGCUGCAGCAAGCUGUAUCCCUUAGGAGAAUCUGCUCCUGGGCUAUUUUGGUCCCUCUGGGAGGACGCCUUUGGUUGAAAUGAUUUUGGAGCAUCUUUCUGGCUAAAUGAAAGACGCCUUACUGGCAGACCUGGAAUCCACCACCUCGCAUAUCUCUAAGCGACCAGUGUUUCUAACAGAGGAAACGCCUUACUCCUACCCAACUGGAAACCACACGUACCAGGAGAUUGCUGUGCCACCACCGGUGCCUCCGCCGCCUUCCAGUGAGGCCCUAAAUGGCACUGUGAUUGACCCCUUGGACCAGUGGCAGCCCAGCGUAUCCAGAUACGCCCACCAGCAACCUCAGUCCCAGUCUCCGAUAUACAGCUCUAGUGCCAAAAGCUCCAGUGCCUCUGCUCCUAGAGACGGGCUCAGCUCCCCUUCUCCCCGUGCCAGUGAGGAGGAACACGUCUACAGCUUCCCAAACAAGCAGAAGUCUGCAGAACCAUCUCCCACCAUGACCAGCACCUCUCUGGGCAGCAACCUCUCGGAACUAGACAGGCUUCUCCUGGAACUGAAUGCUGUUCAACAUAAUCCCUCCAGUGGCUUCCCAGCAGAUGAAGUCAGCAGAAGCCCAUCACUGCCCAACGUGACCGGACCUCACUAUGUCGUCCCAGAGAGCAGCAGCUCUGCAGGGGGGAAGGCUGCACCCCCUACAAAAGAAAAACCAAAGCGAAAUGGUGGGCGUGGGAUCGAAGAUGUGCGUCCCAGUGUGGAGAGCCUGCUGGAUGAGUUGGAGAGCUCUGUGCCAAGCCCAGUCCCUGCAAUCACUGUGAGCCAAGGGGAGGUGAGCAGCCCCCAGCGUGUCACCGCCAGUCAGCAGCAGACCCGUAUCUCUGCUUCUUCAGCCACACGAGAACUGGAUGAGCUGAUGGCGUCCCUCUCUGACUUUAAGUUCAUGGCACAGGGGAAGGCCGGCGGCAGCAGCUCCCCACCAUCCACCACCCCCAAGCUUGGCAGUCAGCUGGACACCAUGCUGGGAAGCCUGCAGUCUGACCUGAACAAACUGGGGGUAGCAACAGUUGCCAAGGGUGUGUGCGGAGCCUGCAAGAAGCCGAUUGCUGGGCAGGUAGUUACAGCCAUGGGGAAAACCUGGCACCCUGAGCACUUUGUCUGCACCCACUGCCAGGAGGAGAUCGGGUCACGGAACUUCUUUGAGCGGGAUGGGCAGCCCUACUGCGAGAAGGACUAUCACAACCUCUUCUCUCCUCGCUGCUACUACUGCAAUGGGCCAAUCCUUGAUAAAGUGGUGACGGCUUUGGACAGGACGUGGCACCCUGAACACUUUUUCUGUGCCCAGUGUGGAGUUUUCUUUGGACCUGAAGGAUUUCAUGAGAAGGAUGGCAAAGCCUAUUGCCGCAAGGAUUACUUUGACAUGUUUGCUCCCAAGUGUGGAGGCUGUGCCCGGGCUAUCCUGGAAAAUUACAUUUCUGCCUUAAACACCCUGUGGCAUCCUGAGUGCUUUGUCUGCCGGGAAUGUUUCACACCAUUCAUCAACGGCAGCUUCUUCGAGCACGACGGGCAGCCCUACUGUGAGGUGCAUUACCACGAGCGCCGCGGCUCGCUGUGCUCUGGCUGCCAGAAGCCCAUCACGGGACGCUGCAUCACUGCCAUGGGCAAGAAAUUUCACCCCGAACACUUUGUCUGUGCCUUCUGCCUCAAGCAGCUCAACAAAGGAACCUUCAAAGAACAGAACGACAAGCCCUACUGUCAGAACUGCUUUCUCAAACUCUUCUGUUAAAGGCAUCAUAGAUGGGAGCUAAGCAUCUUUCUGCCGCCCCUUGUGGCAGUUCUGUCUCUUUGAACAUUACUGUGAUUUAGAAACCUUACCAGGCAGGGGAGGGGGCGGGUGGCAGUGCUCAGUGCUGCUGCAGAGAGGCAGUAGAUCCAGAGAUGAGACGGACCAUUAAACUGGAAAUGCCCUUGCUGUGUCUCAGUAGAGAGAGGCUCGGUCCCCUCAUUACGGUGUAUCUGUGUAUGACUGACAGCUGAGCUUAGCCCCAGGGCUCCACGGGGAGGCUGUCCUCAGCCCCUGCUGCCUGUGUCAGCUCUGCAUGCAGGAUUCUGCCUGUGUCAGCUCUGGGCAAACCCUGACACUUGCAGACAGCAGUUUUGACACCUGGCACAGCGAGGGCACCCCGUGAUCUCAGCAGCACCCUGCCUCUGCUCCUAGAGCCACGUGGCAUGUGUGACUUACAGACCAGAGCCUCAGCACAGGCUGCCACGGCCCUGCAAGGGUCUCUCCAGUUCCAUUACACUGUAAGGAGUUGAUACCACUUUUUGUUGUUGUUUUAAGAGGAAUGAAGGUGUUACUCUGUGGGUUCUUCCUGGUUUGUUACUCCGUGCCUCUUCUCAGCACGUGGAAGCAGUGGGUGCUGUCCCCCUUCAGAAGCGUUGGUGCAGGCAGUCAGAGCGCAGCACUGCUGCCCAUCCCCAGCAGGAGUGCAGGCUGUGUCCCACUGUCAGGACCCGAGCUCCUCCCAAGGGAGGGGGGGAAGAAGCGGAGGGGUUUAAGAAGCCAGGAAACAAACCAAGUCCUAACUUUCUCUUUCUUCUUCCUCUCUUUGCUAACGAGAGCUGCCAGCCUUCGGCCCUUCCCCUCUCUGCUCCCGUCCCACGUGUGCUACUAAGAGAUGCUACAGCAAUAACUUUUAUACUGACUGUUCUGCCAAACCCCGGGCGGGCUCUGCGACACGCCCGGUUUUACUAUGGGAACGAAUACUGUAUCCUGUCUUUGAUAAGAUUUCUACACUGAUUUUCGAAUUCGUAUCUAAUUUGCUUUUAAUCCUCUUAUACAGAAAUUGGUUUUGAAGUGAUUUUAAA